GGUUGCCAAAUUAUUUUGAAUUCGUGCUCAUAUGCAAUUUAUAUAAGUACAUACUUACAAGACUUAUUUACUACAUAUAUACACAUAUAUACUCUUUUAUAAUAGUAGUUUAUGAUAGUAACAUUUUCUAUUGGAUAUAAAUGUCAGGAGUGUCAAUCAAUAACAGAACCCGGUCAUGAAAUAUAAAUUAAACUCCAUUUUCAAGUGAACGUAAAUCUGGUCUUCCAUUAAUUUAUUUAUUUACUGCCAGUUUAAGUGAUAAUUAAAUUAAUUUUAAUUUUAUAGAUCGAAUAAAAUAAUUCGAACUGACAGAUGAUUGGUUGUCAGUAAUUAAUGUCGAGGCAGUGAACGAUGACAAUGAGAAGUGAAAAUACCGAGGGCGGGUAAACUAAUUUGACAUUACGAGGUUGAGGUAUCUGGUAGUUGAUUGGGAUUGGCUGAUGCUGUGGAAUAAUAUCGCGUCUGGUUUUACCAGUGGAAUGGGAUGUCUGGAGUCGAAUAAAAGGUGGAAGGAGAAACAGUUUCGCGCGUUGACUGUAUUAUAAAUUUUUUUUUUUUCAAAGAUAUUUCUUACAACACAACGUACACAUACGCCAGGAUAAAUAUUUUAUUUGUCAUUUAUUUGCUGGGUUAUCCGUCCGAUUUAUAAUUAUCUGGCAGAAUGUCCGUUAUGGGCAAGCCGGUACUGUACUCAUAUUGGCGGAGCUCUUGUUCAUGGAGGGUGAGAAUUGCUCUGAAUUUAAAAGAAAUUCCAUAUGAUAUAAAACCAGUAAGUUUAGUAAAAGCUGGCGGCGAGCAACAUUGCAAUGAAUAUAGAGAGAUUAAUCCGAUGGAACAGGUUCCGGCACUUCAUAUUGAUAAUCAUACGUUAAUAGAAUCAUUAAAUAUUAUGCAAUACUUGGAAGAAACACGACCACAUCGGCCUUUACUGCCGGCAGAUCCUGUUAAAAGAGCUAGAGUUAGAGAAAUAUGCGAAGUUAUAUCAAGUGGUAUUCAGCCGCUACAAAAUUUAGUUGUUUUAAUUUAUGUCGGGGAGGAACGUAAAAAAGAAUGGGCGCAGCAUUGGAUUACACGUGGAUUUACAGCUGUUGAAAAAUUAUUGUCGUCUAGUGCUGGCAAAUAUUGCGUGGGAGAUGAAAUAACUCUAGCAGAUUGUUGCUUAGUACCGCAAAUAUUUAACGCAAGGAGGUUUCACGUUGACCUGAGACCUUUUCCAACAAUUCUCAGGGUCGAUCGUCAUUUAGAAAACCACCCGGCGUUUACAGCAGCUCAUCCUAAUAAUCAGCCUGACUGUCCUCCAGAAGCGACCAAGUAGCAAGCAAGGCAGACCACCCUCUUCUUGUUCUAAUUAUUAUAAAUUAUUAGAAGUAAGAAGUGCUAGGUGGUCCUGAUUUUAUUAUCCAGCUCGUAAACGAUAGAGAAUAAAAUUAUUUAAUACAAAUAAUUGACAAUUUACAUCCAUUACAGGACACAUAUUUUAUGCAAUAGUUUUUAACUGGUAGUUAACUCAUUCCGCGCCAAAGUAUUCGAAACUACGGGUAUCAACAAAUAUUUUUUUAUUUUUUAGGGAUUUUAUUCUCUAUUGCUCGGCUGUCACUAAUAAUAAAAAAAAUAAAAAAAAAAACAAAAAAAAAAUGAUAUGAAAAUAGUGAUUGAUUAUUAUAUGAAUCAAAAUGAUUAUCAUCUUACCAAUUUAUUUUUUAAGUCGUUACUAUACGUGAUAUAUGACAUUGGCCUAGUUCAUUUUUAUUUGUUAUAAAAUAUUUUUUUAACUUAAACUAUUAUAUUUUUUUAAUCUUAAUAUUUUUUUACUGCAUUUACCGGUUAUUAAUUUUAUUAUAAAUAAAAUAUUUUCUAGGGUUUAUACUUAGUAGUAGAAAACUUUAAAAUAAAUAAAAUGAAAAUGAUAAUUAAUAUAUAUGAUAUUUUUGUCAAUGUAAUUGAAAAUAUUUCCAUUAGAAGUAAAUAAUAAUAAUAAAGACAAAUAGAGAUGGAUGAAGAUAAAAAAAAAUAAUGGCUCUGCUCAACGCCAUAUCUUAGUUAUUUUAAGAUAUGGAAAGUACAAAAGAUCUUCCUCCAUAUUUUUUUUUUAUCAAUUAUCUUCAAUUCAUAUUUUCUCUUGUUAUUAAAAAAUAAUUUAUCUGAUAACUCCAUUAUUGUGAUUAAAUUUUUUUGUUAUUAAAAAAAAAUUGAAUCAAUAGUCUAAAUAUUUUAUGAGCUUCCGUUAUUGCCAUUGAUAUUUUUUUAAUACCAAUAAUUAAAUACAACAAAUACUUGAGUCAAUAUAAAAUUUUUUAAUAUAAAUUGCCCUUGAUAAAUUAAAAAAAUUAUAUAUUAAAUAUAUAAAAUUAAUUUAUAAUUUCUGAUUGUAUGCAAUGCGAGUUAAUGUGAGCGUAUGUAUGUUAGAUAUGUUGAUAAUACAGAUGACGUAGUGUACUGUCAGCUUUUUUUAAAUAAUUUAAAAUAAUAAUUAUUUAAUUAAACACUAAAAGUUAAUACAGAAUGACGCAUUACUGAUAAAUAAAUAUAUAUGAGAUAAAAUAAAAAAAAAUAGAUAAAACAGUGAUUGAUAUUUAAAAUAAACGUACAAAAGAACCCAAUAAUGUCGUAUGUAAAUAUAACAAAAUUGAGUUAAAUAAAUCAAAGGCACAAAAUAUAGCAAUAGAUUUUAAAAAUAUUGAUUACAAAAAUAGAGAAACGAAAAUAAAUAAAAAGAGAAUAAAUAUAUAUAAAUAUAAAUAUAUAUAGUAAUAAUUAACAUUGAUAAAUGUCAUUAUUUAUCGCAUGAUUAAAUAGCAAUAGUGAAAGUUUAUACGAUUAUUUUAUAUCACAAUAAUUCGGUCCUAAUUAUUAUUAUUAUUAAUGGAAAGUAAAUGUAAUAGUAGAUUAUUUUCCAAAGUUUUGUCUUAGACAAUUGAAAAUACACAAAUUAAAGUCU